AUGAAAUCCAGUUUUCUUGUGAUAGAUGGAUGUAGAUACGUUGGAGGAGUGACCCCUGGAAAAGGUGGAACAGAGCACUUGGGCCUUCCUGUUUUCAACUCUGUUGCCGAAGCAAAAGCGGAAACAAAGGCCAAUGCCUCAGUCAUUUAUGUUCCGCCACCUUUUGCUGCUAAAGCCAUCAUGGAGUCAAUGGAGGCCGAACUAGAUUUGGUCGUUUGCAUCACAGAGGGAAUACCACAACAUGACAUGGUUCGGGUGAAGGCUGCUCUUAAUAAGCAGUCAAAAACUCUGCUAAUUGGACCAAAUUGUCCUGGCAUUAUCAAGCCAGGGGAGUGUAAAAUUGGAAUUAUGCCUGGAUACAUUCACAAACCAGGACGUAUUGGGAUUGUUUCUCGAUCGGGCACAUUGACUUAUGAAGCGGUAUUCCAAACAACUGCUGUUGGCCUUGGGCAGUCAACAUGUGUGGGAAUUGGUGGAGAUCCUUUUAACGGAACAAAUUUUGUUGAUUGCAUAGAAAAGUUUCUUGUGGAUCCCCAGACAGAAGGCAUCAUCCUAAUUGGUGAGAUUGGUGGUACAGCAGAGGAAGACGCUGCAGCCCUUAUAAAGGAAAGUGGGACCAACAAGCCUAUUGUCGCUUUUAUUGCUGGACUCACCGCUCCACCAGGUCGAAGAAUGGGUCACGCAGGAGCUAUUGUAUCCGGAGGAAAGGGCACGGCACAAGACAAAAUUAAGACCCUGAGAGAAGCUGGGGUUACUGUAGUCGAGUCCCCUGCGAAAAUAGGAACUGCAAUGCUCGAAGUCUUCAAACAGAGGGGGCUGGUUUGA